AUGAAUCAGAUGGACUCCUAUAACCCGUCCUUCUUUAAUCAGACCAGUGCUCGCCAGCAGUUCGGCAGCUCGCCCGCCCAUGCCCAGCCCGCCCACGGCCCGCCGCCCCCGCAGUUUGCACAGGGCAUCCAGCCGCCUCACCAUCCGGCCUUCAGCAAUGGCGCCGCUGCAGCGGGCGGCGGUGGCUUCCCGCUGGCCUCGAGCAUGGGCAUGGGUAGCGCCCAAGCCAGCGCCGGUGGGGUCAUGAUGCAGCCAGGCGCGAUGCAGCAGCAGCAGUCGCCGCGAGUCCCGCAGAGUCCCUUCACCACCGCGCCCUUCUCCACCCCCGUCCAAGCCCCCCACCAGUCCCAGGCCCACCACUUCCAAUCCUUCAACCAGAACAUUUCGCCCUCCCGCCACGUCUCGCCGUAUGCGGCCACCCCGACGAAGCAGCACCACUUCCCGAGCCACCAAGCCCAGUCGUUGCCAGACUCAUCCCAGCCCAUGGCUGCCCCCGUGAGCCUGCCGUCGCAUUCCGCCGCGCCCAAGCCCCAGCCCCAGGGCCAGCCGCAAAAGAGCAUGGCCGCCACGCCUUCGUCGCCCGGCCAGCUGCAGCGCGAGCGCGAGCAGGUCACGCUGCUGCUCGACAUCAACCGCGAGCUGCUCCAGGAGACGCUGCGCCUACAGGAGCAAGGGAAGGGCGGCAUCAUGGGCAACCAGCCUGCCCCCGGCCAGGACGGCAAUAAAGAGGGCGACGCGCCUAAGCAGGUGGCGUCGAAGGAGUACAUCGACUGCAUGCGCCGGUUGCAGGCCAAUUUGUCGUACCUCGCAACCUUUGCCGACCGCAACACCAACCCGAAUAAGCAAGUACCACCCGGACCCGCCAUAAUGACCGUCCCGGCCGCCCCGCCGGCGCUGAGUGAGAUGUACACGAGGCUUCAGGCCCUCUUCCCCGGCUGGAAGGGCCAACUGCUGAAGCCCGGCGGCGCUCCCGGCCAGGGCAGCCCGCAAAGACCAGGCAUGCCUCAGCAGCAGCAACAGUCCCCGCAGGCUCACCCCCAGGGCUGA